AUGAAGAUGUAUGGUCCAAUAGGUAUAAGUCAUGUCAGCAUAGAGCAUGGAGGAGAUGUUCCCGAUCCUACAUAUGUUUCUAAUGAUCCUCGCCCGACGUUCACAAGCAAAAAUGAUCGUAAGCGUCCUACUGACGAGGAUGUCUCAGAUGAUGUAAUGUUCGAAGAUGACAACACCAUUGUUGGUGUUACUCCAAUCCUCACAUCCUUCAACAUGUUGCAGAAGCCCUCCUCCUCGAAACCGACUUAUGAUUUCGGUCUUUUCUCAUCCUCCGAGGAAUCCGAAGAACGAGAAGAUGCUGAAGCCAACAAGCACCCAUAUCCCAUAGUUAUCUUGGAAUAG